GUUUUUACCAUAUUCAAAAGUUAAAGGAGCAUUUAAAUAACCAUAUAUGGAGUUUACCCCUUGUAUUUUGAGACCUGUAAUGAGCAACGUUCUUACCUGAAUUAUUAGCUUGAUGUUAAAUCCCCCUUAAAUGCUGUUCCUGCUGUUAGAUGCUUUGAAGCCUCUGGACCCAAACAGAAGCCUUUGGAAACCGAGGCAUUUCUCAGAGUAAUUUCUGGAUUCUGUCCUAGGGUUUGGCCAUGGCCUUCAAGAUUUCUGCUGGGCUUCUCGUCCUUCUGCUGUUCCUCCCAUGGACAUCCUGCCUCCCACUGGCCCAGUUGCUGCCAGUCAAUGAUGUGGUUUGGGAGCCAGCGUGGCUGAACCCCUCGACCUGGAGAGAUCCAUCUUUGGGACCUCUGCCCAGCUCCGGAGCGGGGGUCUUCCCGGCAUCAAGCUCUCCCAGAUCCUGCCCAGGCACAGGAGGCCGAUCCCAGCCACCGAGAGCUGCAAGAUCAGCCUUCUCCAACCAGAGACGAGACAGCCGCCCUAAUUCCUUAGACUUAACUUUCCACCUUCUCCGAGAGUUCCUGAAAAUGGCCCGAGAAGAAAAAAUGUCCCAGCAGGCACGGAAUAAUAAAAUACUGCUGCAUAAUUUAGGCAAAUGAGGGGUGGGAGGGAAGGGCGGGGCAGGGGGAGGUAUCAGUUAUCCGACAGUCCAAUGGAUCAUUCAUUUGAUAAAUGUGCAUUUUGUAGAAAGUGGUGU